AUGUUAUCAAAUGUUGAUGAAACAUUUUUAAAUGAUGAAUAUAAUUCAUCUAUAUUAAAUAAUCUCUCACAAUAUUCAUUUCAAUCAACAAUUAUUCCAACACAUUUUAAUAUGAAUAAUUCAGAUGAUUGGAUACAUGCUUAUUCAAUUAUAAAAAAUUCUAUUGUACAAAUUGAACGUAUAAAUAAUAAUGAAUUAUUACAUAUAAUAAAUAAUAAUCAUCAAAAAAUUUCUUUGCAUAAUAAUCCACGUGUACGUGGACCUAAAUCAACACGAUUUACAUGUUCUAUAUGUGGUUUAAUAACUGUAUCAAUGGAACGUUUACAAAAACAUAUUAAUCAACAUGGACAAAAACUUCAUUUAGAAAUUUAUCGACCUGAAAAAAAAUUAUCAACAUUAAUAUGUGAAAAAUGUAAAGCAACAUUUUCAUCAACAUAUGCAUUAAGAAAACAUCAACGUGUACAUACACGAGAUAAACCAUUUUCAUGUGAUUUUUGUGAUUCAAAAUUUUCACAAUGGGGAAAUUUACGACAUCAUAUACAAAGACAUUUAGGUAUUAGUCCAUAUGCAUGUCCAUAUUGUAAAAAAACUUUUAUUGCACCAUGUAAACUUGAAGUACAUAUACGUGGUCAUCUUGAUGAACGACCAUAUGUAUGUAAUCGAUGUCAAGCAACAUUUCGUUGUAAUGAUGAUUUACGUAAACAUUUAAUUAUACAUGCUGAUUAUAAGCCAUUUGUUUGUUGGUUAUGUACAAAACAAUAUUUUCAUGCAUCAAAAUUACGUAUGCAUAUGAAAGAAAAACAUAAUUUAAAUGUAAUUAUUAAAAAAAAAGAUGUAUUAGAACAAGGUAUUGAAUAUGAAAUAACAAUUAUUAAUCAACAAAUCAAAGAAAUUUUAUCUGAUGAACCAACAAGAAAAGUAUUUUUUGAAUCAAUAAAUAAUAAUUCAAAUGAAAAUGAAUUACAUAUAAUUGAUGAUAAUAUUGGAAAUUAUCAAUUAUUAAAUGAAUUAAAUAUUAAUGAUAUUGAAACAUUUGUUAAAUCAAAUCCAUUUAUUUUAUCAGAUACUGAUUUAAAAAAUUGUUGUCAAUCACAUCAUCAAAAUCAUUUUGAUGAUUUUAAAUUAAUCGAUUUUCCGGUUAUGUAG